AUGGCCCUGUGUGUGCUCGGCCCUUGCGAGUCCCUGGAGUCCGUCACCCCUACCUCCCAAAAUUACACUGUGAAGAAUUCUAUCUGCAUUGGCCUGGCUGGUGUGGUCUUGCUGAUCCUGGUGGUGAUUCUGGCGGAAGCUUGGCACAGCCAGUGCCGAUCUCAAUGUGGCUGCAUGGGAUGGAGACCAGAUGGCGCCAGUCAGAGGGAUUAG